AUAUAUCGCUCGUGGAACGAUGGCCAGAAAAUGGAACGUGAAGGGUUCGAGAGCGUGCUCCGGUUGGUGCUACAAUUAAGGCUCAGCCUUCAUUUGUCCUUGAGGUUGGUCACUGAGAUCGAAGAGGCGACCGCGUGAGAGAACAGGGGAAAAGGAAAGGAAAAGAUGAGGGCUUUGAAGGUGGUCUCCUCCGUUCAGCAUGUUGAGUGCCCAAUGGGUGUCGACCUCUAACACAAGAACCGAAUGAAAAAGGUGAGCCGGAGGUGGACACAGACAGCUUGUGGUCGAUGCUACAAAUCGUUUCGGAGGCUUCUGCUGCUGCAGAAUCGUUCUUGCACAAAGACCCAGAUAUUAAGGCUCAGCUUUACAAUUCAGUAGAAGAAGUGCGUUCUUUUGUGUCACUCCGAUUGCAGCAGCUGAACGUGGAUUAGCAGAAGUCUUUUUUUUUUCUUCGGGUGAUGAGUAAAAUUUGUUUGAAAAAAUGAGCAAUUGAUUUUUUUGAAAUCUAAGAAUGGAUCAUCAUGACAUGAGAUACUCUAAGUCUAGGGGUGUGCGAGGAGUAAGUAACUUAUUAUUCCUUCUUACGAGGAGGACCAUAGAAGUAAGAAAUGGAGGCAAGAAGUAGUGCUUUGAUGAGUGGUCCUCUAAGGACGAAGAUCCAUGCGUCGUGAAGAAAGACGAGGUGACAAGAGAUUUUGCUACAUGGCAAGCGUGUAACCAUUAUGGCGUUGCUACUGUGGACGACUUGCAAACAACGCCCCCUCCAGAAAAGAGCUCGAUGGAUACAAACCGAGGAAAAGCAACGAGGCGUCGCGCUCUGCACUUAUGA